AUGAUUAAAUCUGUUGGCAAUAUCGAUGCUAAUCGUACGGAGAUGCUUAAUGAAUUUGAAAAAAUACCUGAAUCAACAAAGAAAGUCGGUUUAGCAUAUAACAAUGGUUUGGAUAUGCUAUUGUGAUGGAAAGAAAAAGGAUAUCGAGUUAUCGCUUAUUUUGUAAAUAUUGGACAAGAGAAAGAUUUCAAUACCGCUAGAAAGAAGGUAUUACGAUAAAUUGCUACCUUGAAGGUCAUGAUAGAAGAUCUCAGAGACGUUUUUCUGUCUUCGUUUGUGUGGCCGGCUAUUGUAUGUGGACUACUUUACAGGUAUAAACACCUUUUAGGCACAACAAUCGCUCGGCCAUGCAUUAACAAAGCUCUGACAAGAAUUGCAAAAUCUGAAAAUGCAUUUAUAAUCGGUCGUAAUGCGACAGGAAAAGACUACAACCUCUAUCCCGACAUCCAGGUACUGUAUCCAGACUUUUAUACAAAGUUUUUUUUAACAGAUUUGUUAAAGCAUGCACAACAAAACGGAAUACCCAUUUCAGUAAAUAAAAAAAUAUUAAAGUAAAUAAAAGAAUCGUGGAGCUCUGACGCAAAUCUAUCGCAUAUUAGUUACGAAUCGGGUAUUUUAGAAAAUUCUGAUACAUUAGCCGGAAAACAAAUAUAUAAAAUGGGCGAUGAACCAUUAAAUUCUUCGACGGAACCAGAAGAAAUUAAAGUUAAUUCUGACCAGGAGUAUCAUCCAUCGUAUGUCAGAAAAUUAAAGAACAACGAGAUAUUUCUUAUCCCGCUCAAAAUAAUACAAUGUUUAAAUUAAAUCGAUGAUAUACGUGAUAUAGGACGUAUUGACAUUGUUAAGAAACGUUUUAUUAACUUGUAAUCCAGGGAAACUUCAAAAUCACGAUAAGCUAAGAGUCAAUAUGAAGCACAUCAAGAGUUGGAAAUGUUUGUAUUGUUAUAUUACAUGAAAUCUUAUUUGACUAACAAAAUGACUGAUUAUGUUUAUAAAGGUGAAACAACGCUGUAGGCGAUUAUACAAAAUAAUGGUUUCGUAAAUGGUUAAUAAAAUGGUUAGUAUUGCUCAACGAGUGCUCUAAUUUGCUCUUUGGUAUUAGCAAAAUAAAUUUUAAGCAAACUCCUA